AUGAUGACGGCGAUUACCCUACUUCUUGCGCCUCUGACAUUUGUUCACGCCAUGAGCACUCCCAACGUCAUUACCGGGUUGGGAGCGGCGAACAAAGUUUCCAACGCGACCGGAGCUACAUGUGGUGUCGGAUAUACUUACUGCGGGUACAUCCUGCAGGAACAGAAGCACUUUGACAUGGGCGCCAUUCUCACCGCGUACUGCGCCGGAGGCGAUUGCGACUCUGCGACUGGCACUACGAAGACUGACCCACUGCAGGCCUUGUACGUAUGCCUUCCACAGGCGGCAGUCCCGAAAAAGCGCAACACCGACGACGACAAGCCCUACUCCGGGCCAGUCAAGCUGGAGCUUCUGUGUGCUUGCAGCGGGAAGCCGUUUAAAGGCGAGAAGAAUGUGUGCUUGAACCCGGAUGCCGACCACAUUGGUCGCUGCAGUACGCCGUGCAUGAAUUCCAAUUGUGUUGGACAACAUUAA